AUGGGUGUCGGCAACAUCAUGGCCCGCUUCAAGGGUGGUGAGGACUCUCAGUUCUCCUCCCAGGCCCCUACACCUGCUCGCGCUGAUUCGACUAUCGCCGAGAAGGAUGAGGGCAUCAUCGAUGAUAGCCCCGUCAAGUACCUCACUUGGCGCUCUUUCAUCCUCGGCCUGUGUGUCUCCAUGGGUGGCUUCAUCUUUGGUUACUCUACUGGUCAAAUCUCGGGUUUCACUUCCAUGACCGACUUCAAGGAGCGCUUCGCGGAGUACAACGAAUCUUCCGGUGAAUACGUCUUCAGCAAUGUUCGCAACGGUCUUAUUGUUGGUCUGCUCUCAAUCGGUACUAUGAUUGGCGCCCUGGUGGCUGCCCCCAUUGCCGACAGAAUUGGCCGCAAGCUCUCCAUCUCCUUCUGGGCUGUUAUCAACAUCGUCGGAAUCAUUGUGCAGAUCACCACUCAGGAUAAGUGGUACCAGGUCGCCCUUGGCCGUUGGGUCAUGGGUCUUGGUGUCGGUGCCCUGUCCAGCGUUGUCCCCAUGUACCAGUCCGAGUCUGCUCCCCGUCAGGUUCGUGGUGCCAUGGUCAGUGCCUUCCAGCUGUUCGUCGCCUUCGGUAUCUUCAUCUCCUACAUUGUCAACUACGGUACCGUCCACAUCAACUCCAGUGCCUCAUGGCGCAUCACCAUGGGCAUUGGUUUCGCCUGGCCCCUGAUCCUGGGUAUCGGUACCCUUCCCCCCCGUUACGCCUACCGUCACGGCCGUGUUGAGGAGGCCCGCGAGGUCAUGGCCAAGCUCUACGGUGUUCCUACCAACCACCGCGUUGUUGCCCAGGAGAUGGCCGACAUGAAGCACAAGCUGGAUGAGGAGAAGAACGCUGGAAAUGCUGCCUGGCACGAGAUCCUCACCGGUCCUCGCAUGUUCUACCGUACCAUGCUUGGUAUUGCUCUGCAGUCUCUGCAGCAAUUGACCGGUGCCAACUUCAUCUUCUACUACGGAACCAGCAUCUUCCAGGGUGUUGGUCUGAGUGACUCCUUCGUUACCCAGAUCAUCCUGGGUGCCGUCAACUUCGGUAUGACCAUGCCCGGUCUGUACGUUGUCGAGCACUAUGGUCGCCGUAACUGCCUCAUGGUCGGUGCUGCCUGGAUGUUCAUCUGCUUCAUGAUCUGGGCUUCCGUCGGUCACGAGGUUCUGCACGUCAACCCUUCGUCCCACCCUGCCGGUGUUGCCAUGAUUGUCUUCACCUGCUUCUUCAUCGUUGGUUUCGCCACCACCUGGGGUCCCAUUGUCUGGGCCAUCUGUGGUGAGAUGUACCCCUUCCGUUACCGUGCUACCUGCAUGGGUGUCGCCACUGCCGCCAACUGGACCUGGAACUUCCUCAUCUCUUUCUUCACCCCCUUCAUCUCCAGCUCCAUUGACUUCCGCUACGGCUACGUCUUCGCCGCUUGCUGUUUCGCUGCCAUCCUGGUUGUCUUCUUCUUCGUCAACGAGACCCAGGGCCGUACCCUUGAGGAGGUCGACACUAUGUACGUCCUGCACGUCAAGCCCUGGAAGUCCGCCAGCUGGGUUGCCCCCGAGGGCAUCGUUGCCGACCUCCACGCUCCCCGCGAGCCCAAGGAGGGUGCUAGCGAGCAACAGCAGCACGAGACUCUGAUCGCUGAGCCUACUGAGGUUGUCGAGUCUUCUCAGCCUACCCAGAAUGCUGAGACCACUGAGACCCGCGAGUAA